GGAGCGGAGCCGCAGCGAGCGGAGCGGAGCAGAACGGAGCGCGGGGCUCGGCGCUGCCCGGCCGGCCGAGCAUGCACUGAGCGAGCGGCCCCGGGCUCGGAGCCGCCCCGCUGCAUGCUGUGGGGAGACACGGUCGCGAUAAUAAAUGAUAGAGGAUACAAUGACUUUGCUGUCUCUGCUGGGUCGGAUCAUGCGUUACUUCUUGCUCAGACCGGAGACCCUGUUCUUGCUGUGCAUCAGCCUGGCCCUGUGGAGUUAUUUCUUCCACACGGAUGAGGUGAAAACCAUUGUUAAGUCCAGCAGGGAUGCGGUGAAGAUGGUGAAGGGCAAGGUGGCCGAGAUCAUGCAGAAUGACAGGCUCGGGGGUUUAGACGUGCUGGACGCUGAGUUCUCCAAGACCUGGGAGUUCAAGAGCCACAACGUGGCUGUCUACUCCAUCCAAGGCCGCAGGGAUCACAUGGAGGACAGGUUCGAAGUAAUCACCGACCUGGUGAACAAGACUCACCCCUCCAUCUUCGGGAUAUUUGAUGGGCACGGAGGAGAGUCGGCAGCGGAGUACGUGAAGGCGCGGCUGCCCGAGGUGCUGAAGCAGCACCUGCAGGACUACGAGCGGGACAAGGAGAACAGCGUGCUGUCCUACCAGAGCAUCCUGGAGCAGCAGAUCCUCUCCAUCGACAGGGAGAUGCUGGAGAAGCUCACCGUCUCCUACGACGAGGCAGGCACCACGUGUCUGAUCGCCCUGCUGUCCGACAAGGAGCUGACUGUGGCCAACGUGGGCGACUCGCGGGGCGUCCUCUGCGACAAGGACGGCAAUGCCAUCCCCCUGUCCCACGACCACAAGCCCUACCAGCUGAAGGAGAGGAAGAGGAUUAAGAGAGCUGGUGGGUUCAUCAGCUUCAACGGCUCGUGGCGCGUGCAGGGCAUCCUGGCCAUGUCGCGCUCGCUGGGCGAUUACCCCCUGAAGAACCUGAACGUGGUGAUCCCCGACCCCGACAUCCUGAGCUUUGACCUGGACAAACUGCAGCCAGAGUUCAUGAUCCUGGCCUCGGACGGGCUGUGGGACGCCUUCAGCAACGAGGAGGCCGUGAGGUUCAUCAAGGAGCGCCUGGACGAGCCGCACUUCGGCGCCAAGAGCAUCGUGCUGCAGUCCUUCUACAGGGGCUGCCCCGACAACAUCACCGUCAUGGUGGUGAAGUUCAGGAAUAGCAGCAAAGCUGAGGAGCAGCAGUGAGGAGCCCCCGGGCCCGCUCAGGACUCAGGACAGUCUGUGUGUGUGCUGGGAAGCUCCAGGAGCGCCGUGCGGGCUCUCCCGCGGCCGCGGGUCCGUCCGGGCUCUGCUCGUGGCUUGGCAAAAGGAGCAAUACAACAAAUAAAUCCAUGCUGAGCGACCACAAGAAUCCAGUCUGCCCCCCGCCCCUGCCCUGUGCCCUCGCUGCUCCCUAGGAACCGACUGGAAGCUCCCAUUUCUCACUUUUCUUUAGGAAUCCUGUGUGGGUUUGGGUUUGAUUGCUCUCCUCAGGGGCACGGCAGGGCCAGGGCGGUGCUGCUGCUCCUCCCUCCUGCUGUCCCUGCUCAGGAGCUGCUCCCGUGUCCCUCAUCUCUGCACCCUGCAGUGGGAGGGCUGGCUGGGCAAGGGUUUGGGACGUGAAGGAGGAAGAGGAGCCAAUCUCAGCCUGCUGCCACUGCUGGCUCUGCUUUGUUCAGCCUCCCCCCACAAUAAACCCUGCCGAGCAUGUGAGUAGGUAGAGCUCCUGAAGCACCACGUCUAUUCAGGCUGUGCAUUACUCUAGGACAGUUCUUCUAGGCCAUAUUGUAUCCAGACCAACUCAUGGUGAACUUCAGCAAAGCCCCGGGAGCUCUGAAGCUCCUGGCUGGGGGCAGAGCUCAGCUGUGGGAGCAGAAUGUGUGUCCUGCACCGAGAUCCCCCCGACCUUACUGCUGUGGAAGGAGAUGGGAGAGCAAAUGGAUUUCACUGGUGACUGGUGGGAGCCUCACCCAAGCAGGGCGUUCCUCAGAGGUUCCUCAGAGCUUCCUAGCUGGAAGUCAAGCCUGAGAGAGACUUCCCUGUACCACUGCGGGUGGAUUUGUGGUGUUAAUCCCAGGGCAGACCCCUCUGGACGGGCUCUUGGGAUGACCUGCAAAUGUCAGGCAGCAUCAAUGCACUGUAGAGAUGAAAGGUUGUGUUAAAUCUAGGUUUUAAAAGUGUGUUUAGAUCUAACUUUCAGUAUUUAAUUGUAUUUUGGGAUCUGUGACUGCUGUGAGUUGGAGUGAGGACAGUUUGGGUUUGCUGCACCUCUGGUACCAGCUGUGUCAUGGCAGAGGGACAGGGCAGGCAGGAUUUUGGAUGGCUCCUUUGUCCUUACCCUGCCUUACAGAAGUCCUUGGGAUCUCCCCAGAACGUGGUCCUGGACACUCUGCUCAAGUCCUCGGGGUGGUGGAGGCUGUCUGUGUUUGGUGUGGAGCUGGGUCAGGGAUUCCCUGGCCUUGCCUGUUCCUUGGGAAGGUCCAAUAUUCCUCAUUUCCCAGCUGUGGCCCCCCUGCUCACCUGCAGGAUCUCUCAAGGCAAAAAAUCAAAGAGCACAAACUUCUGCUCGAGAAGGAAUCCCCAUCUUUGUCUUGUUUUGUCCCCACAACAAACUUCCCUCCUUUAAUUUGUUUGGGGAUAAUCUCAGCCCUCAGCUGGCUCUGGUGGUGUUUCCAGAAUGUGUCUGGAGCCCUGGGAGAGCAGUGCCCAGCAGGCAGGAGCCUGCCCUGCUCCUUUCCCUGCCCUUUCCCAUCCCUGGUGCAGCUGAGUGCCCCUGGCUGCCCAGCUGGGCAGUGAACAGGAAUUGCUGAGAGCUGCUCCAGGUACUGCAGCGUGCACAGAGUGAGGGCAGAGGGCUGCAAGUGCAGCCCUGGGUGAUGGUGAUGCCAUGGGAAUGCUGGAUCUGGGCUGGAAUGGCACAGAGCACUGGGAGAGCAGCUCCAGGCAGAGCUCAGGGUGUGGGGUUUGUCUUCCCUGUCCCCCUGUGCCUUCCCUGUCCCCCUGUGCCUUCCCUGUCCCCUUCCCUGUCCCCCUGCGCCUUCCCUGUGGAGGGCACAGCUCCUGGGGAAGGAGGAAUUCCAGCAGCUCUGAAGGAUGUUUGUGAGCCCUGAGCCAUCCCAGGAGCUGCAGGGGUGGCCAUGCCCAGGAGAACAGCACAGAUCCAGCUGGGGUGGCAGCUCCCGGCGCAUUCCUGAGGGAUCCACGAGCCCUGAGCACAGCCAGGAGCAGGAGCUGGCAGGGGUGGCAGCCAGGAGGGAGCAGUGGCAGGGCAGGGCACUGACCCAGCAGGGCAGGAGGGGUUUGCAGGUUUGCUGGAUCCUUCCAGGAUCAUUCCAGGAUCGUUCCCAGUCCCCCAGCCAGCUCCAGGUGGCUUCAGCUGCAGCAGGAACUGUCCCAGCACCUUCAGCUUCCUCCCCCCUCCCUGGCAGUGCCAUCCAUGCCAACAUCUCUGCUCAGCCCGGGGUUUUUUUGCUUUGAUUGCUUUGGAAAAGGAGCUUCAGCUGCUCCAGGCUUGAAGGAGAAGGAGUGAUGGAGGUGAGAGGCUUUGUGUGGUGUCCCACAUCCACGUGCAGUGCCUACCUGUGCUCCCAGCUGGAGGCUUUGGAAGCUUUCCCUGCCAAGGGAGGCAUUUCCAGCUUCCAGUGGUGCUGAUCUGUGCCAAACUCUGCCGUGACACAGCUGGAGGCUGCAGGAUGAGCUCCUUGUGCACACUGCUGAUGCACCCCGACCAGUGCAGGGCUCUCCCACUGCCUUAACACUGCAUCCAUCCACCCAUCCAUGCUCCACCUGGGGAGGAGCUGUGGCCAGGAAUUCCCUGUGCCUGUGGCAGCAGGGCCCCAGCCUUCCUGCUGCUCUGCUCCCAAACACAGCUGGGCACAGCUGGAGCUGCUCCUGCCAAUCCCCCCGGGCACAGCUGGAGCUGCCCCUGCUCACCCAGCCCGGUUUGGUGCCUUCAUUCAAUCCCCCCGGGCACAGCUGCAGCCUCAGGGCACAGGGGUGGCUGCCAAGGAGCAUCUGCAGAUGGCUCAAAGUGACAAAGGGACCUUGAACCACGAGGCUGAGCCAGUGCUGGGGAAUUUGGGCUGUUCCCAAACUGGGCUGCUCCCAGGAACAUCCCAUCUCCCAGUGCUGGGGAAUUGGGCUGUUCCCAAACUGGGCUGUUCCCGAAUUCAUCUGUUCCCAGGGACAUUCCAGCUCUCAGUGCUUGGGAAUUGGAACAUCCCAGUGCUUGGGAGCUGGGCUGUUCCCAAACUGGGCUGUUCCUGGGGACAUUCCUAGGGAUGUCCCAGCUCCUAGUGCUUGGGAAUUGGGCUGGCCCCAAACUGGGCUGUUCCCAAAUUCAUCUGUUCCCAGGGACAUUGCAGCACUCUGGAAUGCAGCUGUUCCCAAAUUCUUUUGGUCCCAGGGAUGUCCCAGCUCCCAGUGCUGGGAAUUUGGGAAUUUGAGCUGUGUCCCAGGGAUGUCCCAGUGCUCAGGAACUGGGCUGUUCCAGGGACAUUUGGGAACUGGGCUGUUCCCAAACUGGGCUGUUCCCAGGGACAUUCCAGCACUGUGGAACUGGGCUGUUCCCAAACUGGGCUGUUCCCAAACUGGGCUGUUCCCAGGGACAUUCCAGCACUCUGGAAUUGGGCUGUUCCCAAACUGGGCUGUUCCCAGAUGUUCCCAGGGGUGUCCCAGUGCCAGCUCCCUGCCCUGGGAUGCUCUGCUGGUUCCCUCCUCCUGCAGCACAGGGGCUGCUGUGGGGUUCACCCAUCCCUCGGGUCACUCCUGGAAUGUCCCAGCCUGUCCCCAGCCUGCUGUUUCCUUCUGCUGGCCUCAGACAUCCCCACAAACCCCACAGCAGCCCCUGGCAUAGAGGAUUUCUGCUCCCACUGCUGCUGCUUGCAGGUUAAACCAUUUCCAGAGGUGAAAUUUAAAAUAUUGUGCAGAUUUUAGAAUCCAGGAGGAGUCAGAGUUAAAGCACUGCAUCAGCUUGGAUGCAGAAACACCAAUGCCACAGCCUCAAAAAAAAAAACAACAAAAAAAAAAAGGGAAUUUUAUGUCUCAGGAUACAGGGCAGCCCUGCUUUAAAUAAUAUGGAUUUAUUGCUGAUGUAGCUGAGACUUGUUUUACACAGAGAAGCAUUCAGUCAGUGAUUAUACUACAGAAAAAACACCUCAGCAGCCUGUCAUGCCCCAAGGCAGGAUUCCAGGCCUCUGAACAGAAUUCCAGGUGAGAGUGUUCUGCUGGGAUUUGGCCACUGCAGAGCCCAGAGCUGCAGCCCCUUGUGCCCAGUGUGUUCAUAAAUGGCCUUUCUGAAACUCCAGGGAAAAAGAUCUGUACAGACAGUGAAUAAUGAGCUGAAGUUUCGUUGCUUUUAUUUUUCCAGUGCUGCCUGGACGAGGCUUAGGGGAGCCAGGGGAUGAGUCUGGAUUUUCCUGAGGUGACUCAGAAUCCCGGGGAGCAGCUCUGGAGGAUGCUCUGGGAAGCAAAACCUGCCGGGAGCAGCUGCCAGAACCACAAUCAGGGGUUUGGGGGCAGUUCUGGAGGGUAAAUGAUGGAUUUGGAUGGAUUCCAUGGGUCUGGGCAGCUCCUGGGCCUGCUCUGCCCAGCCCUGAGGGAUGGGAGGGUUUUUGGGGUCCCUUCCAACCCAAACCAGUCUGGGAUUCUGGGAAUUACCUCAGCAAUAGGGAACUGAAGCACUUUAGUUCUUUUUCCCAAGCAUAUUUCAUGCCCAGUCCUGCAUUUUUUUGCAGCCUGAGUUGCACCCGUGGGCACAGCCUCUCUGACACCAAACAUCCACAAAUGGGAGGCAAAAUUUGGGGAAAUAUCCCAAACCUCCUUUACACUGAGCACAGGGAGUGCUGCCCCACAUCCCCUGUGUGAUUUUUGGGAAUUUCUCUGUGCCAGGGCGCACACAAAGCAUUGCAGCAUUUAACUCCUCUGACAUAACAGCCAGAGUGGGAAUUUCACCUUCUGCUCCCCACCCAGCAGCAACUUCCAAACACCUUUGCCCAAUUUAUUAUUAUUAUUAUUAUUAUUAUUAUUAUUAUUAUUAUUAUUAUUAGGCUUUUCAUGUCAGGAAACCCCACAGUUUUCCCAUCAAAAUCACAAAUAUUUUGAAUUCUGAUUUAAUACAGCUGCAUGAGGGGAAAAAAAAAACUUAUUGGGAUUUGGGAAACCUUUAGCCUGUGCUUUACACUUUGUUUUUAGUACAAUAUUCCAGGCCCAUGCAAUAAAAUUAGGCCCCUCCCUACUUCAGUUCCCAGAUUAUUUCAUGCUUUUAAGGUUUUUCACCUUUUGCCAGGCUGCUCACACUAAAAACUUCCCUAAAAUGGCUUUGAGCAGGAACAGGAGCUCAGUUAGGAAUUCUACAGCCUUUUAAGCAAUAAUAAAGUCAGAAUCAAAUACAAGCCAGACUUGGAAAUGAGUUUUUUUUAGGAAAGCCAGGAGCAGGAUGGAUGUAUUUCCAAUGCUGCUGGCUCUGUAAAGGACAAUUAACUUCAGGUGGCACAAAGAGAUCACUGUGUACAAACCUAAUCCUUGGAACCUGAGAGCAGUGUCAGCAUUUGGGGCACAAAACCCCGAAUUCCUGCAGGUGACAGGAGAAUUUCUGGCCAUCCUCACCUCCCCAUCCCUCCCUCACCACGAGCACUCUCUGCUUUAUCCAUUUUCUGAAGGCAGCAGAGUCGUGAUUACGUUUUUAUUUUGGAAAAAGCAAUACAAGCUGUGCUGUAGUAUCAGUGUUCUUGUGGUAAAUGAUUUAUUUCCAGGCAUUUCACGUGGCAGGCUCAGAGAGGAACGGAGGGGUUGGGGUUUGAGGUGUGGAAACAAUCACAGAACAGGGCACUUCCCCCAGUACCUGCUCAGAGAACAAUCCAAUCCCAGCUCCUACACCCACAGCACAGCUGGAAUUUCACCUGGAAUACAAGAGCAUCAUUCCCUCAGUUAUGCAAUACUGUAUUUUCCCAGAAAUAAAAAGAAAACAAAUAA